GUUUAAGGAGUCCUGAUAAUAAUUUCUCAGUGACGAGAGAUACAGAUGAUUUUAUGAGUUGUGAGGGGGGUUUAGUGAAUGAUGCGGAUUUUUCGGCUAAGAUUCGAGCGGUUUUGAAGGCUAAGAGGGAGAAAGAACCAGAUUUUGUAAAUGAAAUCAAACAAAUGAAGAUCUUUAGCUCAAAGAAUAACAGUACACAGAGAGCUAGGAAUAUUACAAUUAGGAGACCUGGUGCUAAGAAAAGUACCUCUACCAAGUUUUCUCCGGAAUUUUUGGGAUUUGAGACCAGUAUAUCUACUAAGGCUAAAGAAAAAGAGAAAAACAACCUUCGUUCAUUAUCUCCAAGGAAAGGAAAUAUUUCACCUGUCAUGCAUGUCUCAAACCUUGUUAAUUUGAAUUUUAACAGGAACAAGAAACUAAAAAUGUCAGGAAGAAAAUAAUGGAGCAUUCUCCCCUCAACCACCCAAUCCACCCAAACCCAUAAAAUCCAGCACCCUCCACACCCACCACCCCUUACUCCACUCCACCACAAAGGCACUUGACUCCAGUUAUGACGCUAUUGAAGAAAAUAGGAAACUUCGGUGAGAAAAUAUGAAGCUCAAGAAAGAGCUGAAACAGAUGAAGGAGGCCAUGUUUGCUAAAGAACAAGAGUGGAAAAAAGAAGAAAGAAGGUUGACCAUGGACCAGUCAAAAUACCAUAAGGGCGUUAAAUACCAGAUUUAUCUUAAAUUUAAGGACCAAAUAAAGUCUCUUAAGUCAAGAUAUAAAGAAGACGUUGAUUCACUAAAAAGUAAGCUGCACAAAAUUGAAACAGAAUCGAAGAAUAAAUACGAUACAAUGAAGGUGGAAUAUGUAGGAAAGAUAAACGGCCUGUAUAGCUUAGUCUCUGAAAAGUCAGACAUUAUCACUGAUCUCGAGAGUAAGAUCGAAGACUACAAGAGCAGCAUUAACGAUCUGAAGGAGUCCGAAAAUGACAAGGACAACUAUACACUUGUGACUGUCAACAAUGCGCUACGGAUUAACCUAAAGAGAGCUGAGAAUGAGAUCAGAGGUUUAAACCAAAAGCUUGAUGAACUCUCUAAGGCUCCUUGAAGUCCUACUUUGGUAAAAGUUCAAGGCAAGGUAGAGCGAAGGUAGAGAAAGACAUGAACAGGAUCUCUGAUUGGCUUAAGGAUAACUUAAUGAGCUUUAAAAUGAGUUUUGUAGGAAU